UUUUCUUUUCCCCAUUUGUCAAUUUCCCCUGAAUUCCUUUGUAGUAUUUGAUUCAAAGUGAGUGUCUGUAUCGAGUACCCGCCAACCUCGGACCCCUUCAAACCCACCGGAUUUCAACCAUUUUCUCUCCGAUUUUUCAUCGGUUUCCAGAAAUAGUCGAAUUUUGACAGCGCCUAAUCUUCCACAAUGUUACGUUCCAAAUCCAGAUCUGGUUAUUUGGAAUUCGGGCAAAAGAAGCAUCAAUCUUUUCUCAUUAGAAGCAUUUCCGGAUCGAAGAUUUGUAGGGGAGAUGCUCUUGCUUCACAAGUCGCUAAAGAAGCCGUCGUUUCCGUUGAUCGCAAGUCAAUUAGUUUAUCAGAGAAUCGGAUUGUUAAGGCUGCAAUGAUGCAAAAGCAAGUAACCGAUUUAGAGGAGGAGUUGAAGAACACAAAGGCGAGAUUAAAUGAAGCAGAAAGAGAAAAAAACCGACUCAUUACGGAGGUUAAUGCAGGAUUGUCAAAAGCGUUUGAGGCUAAAUUGGCAGAAAGGGAUAAAUAUUUAGAACAAUUGAAAAAGGAAUUGGCCACAUUGAAGGAUGAAAGCAAAAAACAGAUGCAGGAAUUGGAAGAUCAGGUGGAAAAAGCAAAGCAAUCGGAAUCAAAAAUGUUGGAGUCGCUGAUGUUUCAAACGCAAGAAAUUAUGCAAACUAAAAUGGAUUUAGAAGAAUCGAAACUUGAAGUUGCUUCACUUUACGAGAGGCUCGAGAAUGGUGGCAACAACACAUCAAAAGGUAAUUACAAUUACAAUCAUAAUCAAAAUCAAAAGCAAAAUCAAAAUCAAAAUCAAAAUCAAAUUCAAAAUCAAGCAUCAAUGGAGACAAUAGCAUUAAAAGAAGAAAUCGCAAAGCUGAAGAACGAAGUAAAACAUGCAAUGGAAGGCGAGGAGAAAAGCAAGAAGGCGAUGGAUGGUUUAGCAUCUGCAUUACAAGAAGUAGCGACAGAAGCAAGUAUGACAAACGAAAAACUAAGAUCAACAGAAGAGAAAGUAACCGAUUUGAGUUCAGAAGUCGAGCGAUUAACGGAAGAACUCGAGAUACAAAGGGAAGAAUAUGAUCGAUUACGAGUGGAAUCUGAGGAAUCUUAUCUCACAUGGUCAUCAAAAGAAAUGGGAUUCAUAACUUGUAUAAAAAAAUCCGAUGAAGAAUCCGCCGCCGCUAAACACGAAAACAACCGGCUGAAAGAAGCCCUAGUCUCCGCCGAAAACACAGCACGAAUCGCGAGAGAAGAAGCUUUCAAGCUUCGAGACAUUCUCAAACAAGCCUUAAACGAAUCAAACGUCGCUAAAGAAGCCUCCAACAUCGCUCGAUCGGAAAAUUCAGAACUCAAGGACUUACUAGCAGAAAAAGAAGACGCAUUACAUUUCCUCACAAAGGAAAACGAACGAUUACGAAUCAACGAAGUCGCAGCUCGUGAAAACGUGAAAGAGUUCAAGAGAUUAUUAGCUGCAAAAGCAGAAGCUGAAAAAUUCUACGACGAAAAAGAACACAACGACGAUUUCGACUCCCCGCUUUCGUGUCUCUACGAAGAUCAUUACGACGGAAGAGGAACACCACGGCAGACAUUCAGCUUCGAUUUCGAUGAUCUGAAAGCGUUCAACAAAGACGACGACGUUUUCAACAACUUCGAGGACGACACAGUUGCUGAUAUCGCUGUAGGUGAUGAUCCGGAGAAGGCGGAGGCGUUGAAAGGUUCAAUUUUUGACAUGUCGGCGUCUCCUAAAUCAGAGCCGCAGACGCCGAAGUAUAAACCGGAGCACCGGCGAGCUUCGUCGAUUUAUACGGACGCAGGUGGGGUGGGUCAAGGGGAGGAAGGUGAGAACGCCGGUAGUAGUGGGCAUAGCCAUGGCCAUGGUCAUACGGAAGAUGGAGAUGAUAGGAGCUACUACAGCCGGAAGAAGCUGUUUAAGAAGAUCGGAGAACUUAUCGUCGGAAAACAAACCAGUAAAAAAGAAGGCUCAGAAACGCCUAAAGAACAUGGAAAAGAAAAAGAACAGAGCAAAGAACAGAGUAAAGAACAUAGUAAAGAAAAAGAACAGAGUAAAGAAAAAGAAAAGGAACAGGGUAAAGAAAAAGAGCAGGGUAAAGAAAAAGAAGAGGGUAAAGAGGGUAAAGAGCUAGCGAUUGCAGAAACGACGACGCAUCAUUCAAGUGGAUUUAGUGGAUACACAACCGCUGGAUGGAAAAAAGUUGCUUUAUAUUACGGGCCUUACGGUGGUUCAAAGGAUUCUUGAUACAAAAAGCUCGGUACAGAAGGAGUUUGUUCACCUCUUAUGAAGUAUAGACAGGUUAUUAUUAUUUUUUUGCAAUUGUAAUUUAUCAUUUCUUAUUGUGGGACG